AGUUCAGCAGAGAUGUCGCUGUCCAAGCGUGAUCUGGACGAACUGAAACCAUGGGUGGAGAAGACGGUGAAGAAGGUAUUGGGCUUCUCAGAGCAGACUGUAGUCACGGCCGCACUCAACUGUGUGGGCAAAGGAAUGGACAAAAAGAAAACAGUGGAGCACCUGAAACCAUUCCUGGAUGAUUCAACGGUGCGGUUCGUGGACAAGCUGUUCGAGGCGGUGGAGGAAGGUCGCAACACCCGGCACUCCAAAUCUGGUGGCGAGAAACACAGGAAAAGGGAGCUAAAGGAGGUCUUUGGUGAGGAUUCGGAGGUCACUCGGGAAUUGUCAUCCAAGAGGAGACGGAUCCUGAGGUUUGAAGAGGUUGAGGAGAAUGACAUUAUCCCUGGACCACCCACAGAGAGUCCAGGAAUGCUAACAAAGAUUCAGAUCAAACAGAUGAUGGAAGCGGCGACCAAACAAAUUGAAGAACGGAAACGGCAGCUGAGUCUAAUCACACCUUCGUUCCAGCAGCGGGUUUCGGCCCUGGCUCCCAAUGCUGACCUGCCUCCGAUGGGCCAGACCAUCCAGCCAUCGCAGGCAGCCUCCUUCAUGAACGACGCCAUUGAGAAGGCCAAGAAGGCGGCCGAACUGCAGGCCCGGAUCCAAACCCAGCUCUCCUUGAAGCCAGGGCUGCUCCAGAGCACCAACCUGGUGGGCCUCGCCAAUCUGCAUGCCAUGGGCAUUGCCCCCCCCAAAGUGGAGUUAAAGGAGCACCUGAAGCCGACGCCGCUGAUCCUGGAUGACCAGGGCCGGACGGUGGACGCCACUGGGAAGGAGGUGGAGCUGACCCACAGGAUGCCCACCCUGAAAGCCAACAUCCGGGCGGUGAAGCGGGAACAGUUCAAGCAGCUGCUGCUGAGGGAGAAGCCCAGCGACGACCUGGAGAGCAACACCUUCUACGACCCCCGUGUGCCCGUGCUGCCCUCCCAGCGCCAGAAGAGGAUCUUCCGCUUCCACGAGAGGGGCAAGUUUGAGAAAAUAGCCCAGAGGAUACGCACCAAGGCACAGCUGGAGAAAUUGCAGACCGAAAUUGCACAGGCGGCCAAGAAGACGGGCAUCCAGACCUCGACCAAGUUGGCACUGAUUGCCCCCAAGAAGGAGCUGAGGGAGGGCGAGGUGCCGGAAAUCGAGUGGUGGGAUUCCUACAUCAUUCAAAGUGGGAUUGAGCUGACACCAGAGAAUCUGAAGAACGAACAGAAUUUUCACGGCAUCACGAACCUGGUGGAGCAUCCAACUCAAAUCAGCCCUCCCGUUGACACAGACAAGCCGGUGACACUUGGCGUUUACCUGACCAAGAAGGAGCAGAAGAAGCUGCGACGACAGACCCGACGGGAGGGCCUGAAGGAGAUGCAGGAGAAGAUCCGCUUGGGGCUCAUGCCUCCUCCCGAGCCCAAGGUGCGGAUCUCCAACCUGAUGCGAGUUCUUGGGACAGAGGCUGUGCAGGAUCCAACCAAGGUGGAGGCUCACGUCAGGGCACAGAUGGCUAAGAGGCUCAAGGCUCAUCAGGAUGCCAACAGCGCCCGAAAGCUGACGGCUGACCAGCGGAGAGAGAAGAAGGUCAAGAAGCUGAAGGAAGACGUGUCCCAGGGCGUCCACAUCGCAGUCUACCGAAUCAGAAACCUGAGCAACUCGGCGAAGAAGUUCAAAGUGGAAACAAAUGCGGGGCAGCUAUACCUGACAGGGACUGUGGUCCUGCACAAAGACGUUAACGUGGUGGUGGUGGAGGGAGGUCCCAAAGCACAGAAGAAAUUCAAACGUUUGAUGCUGCAUCGUAUAAAGUGGGCUGAGCAGACGGCCACUUCUCGGGAUGAUGAAGACGACGGAUCGGAUGAUGAGGUUGUGAAGAAGGUGAACAAGUGUGUACUAGUGUGGGAGGGCACGGCGAAAGAGAGGAGCUUUGGUGACAUGAAAUUCAAGCAGUGUCCAACAGAGAGCAUGGCACGGGAGCAUUUCAAAAAACACGGAGUGGAACAGUACUGGGACCUGGCGAUCAGUGAAUCGGUGCUGGAGGUUACAGAGGACUGAGGCGGCAUCACUCCGCUCCGUGUCUUCCGACUGUCUAUGGCCGUUUUGGAUUUUUCACGGGUGUUGGGCCUGGGAGGGAGAGAGGAGGUGGUGUCUUGGCGUGAGACGGGCUUUCCUCUGGGGCUGGGAAGAAGCCAGGAGUUCAAAGGCUCUCUAAUCGAAAAUGCAGGAAUUCAAUAUUGCCUCCAGAUAUAGAUACCGCUAUUCUCUUGUGCACCCCAUUGUCCGCACAGCCAUCGUGUCGUUAGAGCAUGUAGGAGACUGGAAAGAUGUGCAGUCCUUUCUGAACUAAUGUCAAUGGUGCAUAAGUCUGCCAGGGGAAAGAAGUAUUGAGUGUUGCAAAUGUGAUACAGUGGCCAGUCACAGCAUGAUGAGAGAGGGGUUGAUGGGGGUUGGCGGUGGGGAGGGGGGUCUUGUAAUCCCUUUUCCAGUCCGUUUUGACAAUUCUGAUGCUUUUGAGCUGAAUUGUUUUCUGAACAGCUUCUAGUCUCUUUGGAGCCACACGCCCUGUUAGGAACCAGCUGCUUCCUUCACCCUAUCCAUCCCAGUAUGUGAUGAUGUGCAUUUUUGUUACAUGUAAUAGGAUUGGAGAGAGCAGAGAUUGGGGUGAGGAGGGGUGGGGGGGUGGGGGGAUGGUGUGUGGUGUCGGUGUGGUCAUUUGUUUUCUCCACCUUCCCCAGGUCUAGAACCUUCAUUUGUGGCACACGGACAGUGAGAGUUGAUGAGCUGCUCAGACUGUGCGUGCGUUGCUGUCGACCUUUGGCGGACAUGUGCAUGCAGUUACCACAUCGUGAUUUUUCACUCCCUGCUCACCUCCGCAAAAAAAAAAGCUGACAUGUGCUUCUCUUGGGGUUGGUCAAACAGGUUUCUGAAAUCCAUGCCACUUUCACCCACUGAAGACCUUUAGGACAAAUUCAGUUUUGAGCAUCGAUCGAAAAGUUCCCUUUUUAUUUAAACUCGGACUGAGCCCUGGGUCCCCCACUUUAUUCGAGUUCAGCGAUGAGUGCAUUUGAGUUAUUUUAUUCUGGACCUUCUGCUUGUGGUGUUCCUGCAGUUUGUGCAAAUGUACACUCCUGACAAAAAUUCUGCGGAGAAUGCAGUGUUAUUUUUCCCCCAGAGACUCAUCUCUCUUUCUUAUUCUCUCUCUCUGGCCCUAAUGUGUUCUUGUUCUGUUUGCCCUGUCUGCUGGUGAUGAGGUAUUCUGGUUAACAGAUGAAUGGUCACUGCAGUGGAGUGACCCUGACUUUGCCACACAGAGGUGGGUUGGAAUCUCUCUGGUCUGAAGUCUGGAUUGCCCCUCAUUUGGAGGACAGCGCAGCCUUGUGUGGUCAGGAUUUUUACUGCACUUUGUACUUGAGAGCCCAAGGACGUUGUGAGAGCUCUCUCUGUGCUGCAGUGGUUCUGUUUCUGAUGCUGAGGUUAAGACAGAUUGUUUCUUUGUGUAGCAGAGCUUUACUCUGAAGCUAACCCUGUGCUGUCCCUGUCCUAGGAGUGAUUGAUGGGGGGGACAGUGUAGAGGGAGUUUUACUCGUUAUCUAACCCCCUGCUGUAACAGCUCUGAGAUGAUACAACGCUGACUCUGGGGAGUGAUGUCUAAUGUGUGAAAUUGUCCCAGUUCUGCCAUGUCCUGAACUUGACACUCUGACAAGUGCUGGCAUUCCUUGACAUACCUCAAGGUGACCCUCUCGUCGUACCCUUAUGUCCUGCGCUCGACCUGAAUAAUCUCCCAUUAACAGCCGAUUGUUACCUUUCAAGUGAGAACCUCAAAGAGUGUGUCAACAACCUGUAAAAAGAAGAGAAGCUGCUCAGAUACGAUUUCAGUGCUGUAGAGGGUUACAGCUUGGAGUUUCAUAAUAAAGACUAAUUAUUUUUUUCUAAA